AUGGACAUGGUGAAUGAGGAUCCGGAAAUAGCUCAAGACGGUCGUCGCAUACGGCAAAAUAAUCUCCGAAUGCUCAACAAGGAGCUCCUGGAAAAGAAAAAGGCGCUACGAAUCCGCGGCGGUAACGCAACCGAUACAAAGAAUUUUCCGUAUAUGGCUGCUAUUAUUAUAAACGGGCGGCUCUGGUGUGCUGGAGCUAUUGUCGACGUGAAUUGGGUGUUGACAGCAGCUCAUUGCCUUAAUUAUGUCCUUCACGUAUCACCGCUCAAGACGCUGGGUCAGUUUGUAAAGGUACGAGUUGGCAGUUCUCGUGUACAUGAGAAUGGUGAGCUAAUGGAUGUAGUUGGAGCGGUGCGCCAUCCGAAGUUCGAAGAAGAACCCGUGCCUCAUGCCGACGUUGCACUACUGAAGUUGGCUGAAAACCUUGAGUUCGACGAAACUAUCGACUUGAUCAGGAUUUAUGACGGCAUGAAGGAGCCUUUCGCACAGAGUUUCGUUGCUGUAUCUGGAUGGGGCGCAACGGAGGGCACAGAAACAGCAUUUAGGGAUCACACGCCAGAUCUACUAACGACGCGCUUAAAAGUGCGCACGCGCAGCUAUUGCAUCGACGCCUACCAGCUAGUGAACGGUUUCCAGUUUACGCCGGAUUUUUUCUGCGCUUCGCUCCGAAAUGGCACAAGAGACCUUUGCCUUUUCGACGCCGGAGCACCAGCCGUGCAACGCAACCAGUUGAUGGGCAUCAUGAGUUUUGGCCCUGAACGUUGUGGUCAUUCUUACCAACCUGCUGUUUUCAUCAAAGCUUUCUACUUCAGAAACACUGAAAUAUUCCAGGACGCUGAUUAUCUUCCGAGUAAAAUUACUGAUCGACCUUUGGCAACUUCCGUUAGUCCUGGUCCUUUUAGCUCUAACUUGGUGGGAAUUUCAAGAAGUGAAAAACCCGCGCCAUGUCCUUCUUCUAGCACAAGUGAUGAACAUCCCCUUGCAAACAGCAUUUUACAUGACUCUCGUACACCUAGUCCAUCAAUCUUAAAUUUACCGGCUACUCCUCAAAUCUCAAGCUACGAAAUAGAAAACGCACCCAAGUCUGCAGAUAAACCUGAUAGAAAUUCACCUGAUCUGGCGAUAUCUGAAGUUAUGCUUAAUAGUAUCACGAUGCCUUCAACCACUGAAGAUAUAAUACCUGUAGCAUGUACAUCACGAGAUACUUCAGUUACUGUGACAGGAAUUCCAUACUCACCUGAAACCCUUGCCAAGGAAAGGAAAUGA